CAGCGCAGGGGGUUAAAGGGAGUAGGUGACGUCACUUCCCCUCCCCCCUCAGCCCCUGGAGGGGUUCAUCCUGUCAGUUCUUUCAUUUCCUUGUUUGCCCUCAAAUCUAACGUGGGCGCCGUGGGUGUCCCUGAAGCCUGGCAGCAGUUAGGGAGGCGCGCGAGAAAGCGGAGGGAGGGAGUUCCCUGCCCCGAGGAGCUUACAAAACGAGCGAACUCGGUGACGUUCCCUUUCUCCAGGUUGAGGCUUAGCUGUUUUUUGUUGUCGUUGUUGACCAUGUUCAUGGUGUUUCAGAGGGAGAGUGAUGCAGGCGAAGCGUACAGUGAUCAGGGAAAAUAUGGCUGCAGAUUGGCUUGGAAGCAUUGUCUCAAUCAACUGUGGAGAGAGCCUGGGAGUCUAUCAGGGAAGAGUGUCUGCUGUGGAUCAGGUCAGCCAGACCAUCUCCUUAAAGCGGCCUUUCCAUAAUGGUGUUAAAUGUUUGGUACCAGAGGUCACCUUCAGGGCAGGUGACAUUACUGAACUGAAGAUCCUGGAGAUUCCAGGCCCUGGUGAUAAUGGGCAAUGUGGAGACUUUCAGCACACUGACCUUUGUAUUCCUGGCAUUGGAUGUCCAGGGGGUACCAGCCAGAAUGGCCCCGGCAAAUUGCUGAAGAAACCUGGUGCUUCUAGUAGUGCCCCACAGAAUAUCCCCAGGCGAACAGACAUUAAAAACCAGGAGGUUGCCAUUUCUCCCCAGCAGCAGCAAUGCUCCAAGAGCUAUAUGGACCGGCACAUGGAGUCCUUGAACCAAUCCAAAGGCUUUCGCCGGAGGCACAACUCAUGGUCCUCCAGUAGCCGCCAUCCAAACCAGGUGACUCCAAAGAAGAGUGGUGUGAAGAAUGGGCAGAUGAAGAACAAAGACGAUGAGUGUUUUGGGGACGACAUUGAAGAAAUCCCAGAUACAGAUUUUGAUUUUGAAGGGAACCUGGCCCUCUUUGACAAGGCAGCUGUGUUUGAGGAGAUUGACACUUACGAGAGGAAGAGUGGGACUCGCUCAAGAGGCACUCCAAACGAGAGAUCUGCACGCUAUCGCCAUGAUGAGAAUAUCUUGGAAUCUGAGCCUAUCGUGUAUCGCAGAAUCACUGUGCCCCAGGCAAGCAAAGAAUUCUGCACUGACUCUGGGCUGGUCGUUCCAAGUAUCUCCUAUGAGCUUCACAAAAAACUUCUUUCGGUGGCAGAGAAAUAUGGGCUCACCCUUGAACGGAGACUGGAAAUGACGGGGGUGUGUGCCAGCCAGAUGGCCCUGAGUCUGCUCGGAGGGCCCAACAGGUUGAACCCAAAAAACAUUCACCAGCGACCCACGGUUGCCUUGCUGUGUGGCCCUCACGUGAAGGGGGCCCAGGGAAUCAGUUGUGGCCGGCAUCUUUCCAAUCAUGAUGUGCAUGUCAUUCUAUUCCUUCCCAACUUUGUCAAGAUGCUGGAAUCGAUCACCAACGAGCUGACACUUUUUAGCAAGACCCAAGGCCAACAGGUGUCCAGUGUCAAAGAUCUUCCAGACUCACCAGUUGACUUGGUGAUAAACUGCUUGGAUUGCCAUGAAAAUGCCUUCCUGAGGGACCAGCCUUGGUACAAGGCUGCUGUGGACUGGGCCAACCAAAACAGAGCCCCCGUCCUCAGCCUGGACCCCCCGGUGAAUGACAUGGAGCAAGGGAUUGACGCCAAGUGGUCUCUGUCCCUGGGGCUGCCACUGCCCCUAGGUGAGAGGGCUGGGCGCGUGUACCUGUGUGACAUCGGCAUUCCACAGAAAGUCUUCCAGGAGGUGGGGAUAAACUACCACUCGCCUUUCGGCUGCAAGUUUGUCAUCCCUUUGCACUCUACCUAAAGUGGAGGAAAG